AGCCACCUAUCAAGCAUUAAUGAACCACAUUUUCCAGCCUUACUUGGGUGACUGGAUGGAUAUCUACCUAGAUGACUUAGUGAUUUAUUCAGACACAAUUAAGGAUCAUAUGCAACAUCUCAGAACUGUCAUUGAUAUAUUACACAAAGAGAAAUUCUACCUCAGUGAACAUAAGAUGCAAUUGUUCCAGAAAGAAUUGAAGAUACUAGGCCACAUUAUUGAUGAUCAAGGUAUUAGAAUGGACCCUCAUAAAGUCGAUUCUAUUCAACAAUGGAAAGUACCUACUAAUAAAGAUUUGUUACAAGGUUUCUUAGGAUCAGUAGGGUAUUUAGCACCCAAUAUACCUCAAUUACACAUUUCUACAGGUAUUUUAUCAAAGAUUGCAGGAGAAACCACAUUUUUCAGAUGGACAUUCACUGAACAGCAAGUGUUUGAUCAAAUAGUAAAGCUAGUAUCAGAUUUCAGGCAUAAUCACAGGAUAGUAUUGGACUACAGUAAGAAUGCACCACCUAUCAACAUUGUUACAGAUGCUUCAGCUUCAGGAAUUGGAGGAAUAGUCAGCCAAGGUCAUGAUUGGAAAGAUUCCAAGAUAGCAGUGUUUUUCUCAGUGAAAUUAAACCCUGCACAACAGAAUUACCUAGUACACAAUGUAGAAUUACUAGCAGGAGUAGAAACUAUGCUAAGACACAAGAAUCUACUACAAGGAAUGCAUUUCUUUUGGUAUACCAAUUAUAGAGUGUUAGAACACAUUCUAAGGCAACCAGUAUUAAGUGGAAGACAAGCCAGAUGGCUAGAGAAGAUAUCAGACUUUGAUUUCAUUGUAAAAUACAUU